CGUCCCCCGCAUCUGUCGGGUGGUUUCGGAGAUAAACACCAUGGCAAGAACAUGAGUGCUCAUGCUGGCAAUCUUGUGGACAGUGUUGGGAGCAGCUUGAACACCAGGAACCAGGGUGAUUUGGCAAACCAACUCCUGACCUACAGGCUGAACUUUACAAACGGCGACAUCUCUCUGACUCCCGCAUUGAAUGCCACACUGACCACCAUUGCAGAUGUCGCUAAGGCAUCGAACAAUGCCACUUUCAUCCGGGAAUCGCAGCUUUUGCAGAAACUCGCUGCUGGACGCGGGGAUUCCUUUGAUGGCGAUGGUGACAGAGAUCAUCAUCAUCACCACCACCACCACCAAAAUCACCGCCCUGAUGAUGAUCAUGAGCACAAGUACGCCAUCACGAGGAAUCAAAGGCGACAGGGAACAACUGGCGGAUCUUCUGAUCCUGUCUCUCAAGAUGAAUAUUUGCAUUCGAAAUAAGGGCUUCUUUCAGUUCUGCUGGGCCAAUUUUAAGACGAAAUCAGAAGUGAUAUAGAUUAUCAACGAUAAAUAUUCUCCUUGUGAAAAUUUUGAAUUGCUGUAUUGUUCCUUUGAAUCGGGUUGUAAAUUAUUCACAUCAAGCCCAAGCAAUAUUCUGAUGUUGUAGCAUAAAAUUAAUAUCCUGGCUGGUGCUGAUGAGAAGCCCAUGUAUGAUUUUUCAGUACUGCCAAAGUGCGGAGCUAUUUUUGCUGUGACCCCACAGUAGGUGCACACCAGGGUCACAACUGGUGCAUAUGGGAUAUUCUGGGGUUACAAUAAGUGUGCACUCCUGUAGAGGAAAUUUUGCUACCAUUCCAGGGUUACACUUGGUGCACAAAUGUGAAAUAACAGGAGCAUCACACAAAUGCACCAACUGACACCUUGGUGUAACUUAUUUGUUUCCAAAUGUGACCCUGAGUAAUCCUGGUGUGAACACACAAUUGGUGCGCAUUGGGGAUAUGCAUGUGCAACAGAAGAACUUUGGUACACUUCAGGUGCACAGCAGGGUCACUGUGUAGAAUUACAAACAAAUCCCCAGUGUGCACCAAUUUCCCCACUUAUUGGGAUGUACUUGACGCCUUGCCUUGCCUUGUCAAAAUGUUUUGAACAUAACAGCUACAGUGGAUCCAAAAAUUGGUCCAGCUAGAUGUCACUCUUCAAAUGUAUGGUCCCUCACAUAGGAAUUUAUUUUGCCCAGAAACUUGGGGGGGGGGGGACCCCAGCCUGUAGGAAUGUUUUUAGACUAAGCAAAGCUCAAGCUGAUGUAUAUAUAUAUAAACAUGGUGUACAGCGUAUUUCACCAAUAGUGAAAUGAAGUGCAAACUCCUGGUGGUGUAUAUAAAUAUUUCACAAAUGCUGCACUGCAUGUUUUCUUGCUCAUUACUUGUGGAAAUGUGGAAAAAUAAAAUUGCCUCCCAUGGCAAUGUUCCCA